AUGGCGUGCAAUCCUGCAAUGUAUGAUGGUAAAAUUGAUCCGAUCGCAUGCCAAAGAUGGAUUUCAAACAUAGAAACGGUAUUUAUACGAAGUCGAUGUGAUAAGGAAGAUCAGGUGAUGUUCGCUACUGGCCAACUCACUCUUCAGGCGAAAGAUUGGUGGGAUGCGUAUAGCAAGGAAAUAGGGGAAGACAGACUCCAAAUAAUGACCUGGCAAGAAUUUAAGGAACCCUUUAUGAGAUACCAUUGCCCUCAGUCGGCUAUUGAUAAGAUUCAGGAAGAUUUCUUGCACCUCCGACAGAAAAAUGAGUCAAUAAAUGAAAUAUCAAACAUCUUCCUGGAUAAGAUGAAGUUUUGUGGAGAUUUCGUGAAGACUGAAAGGAUGAAGAUCAAUCGUUUCUACGGGGUAUUAAAGGCGGAAUUUAGGGAAUUCGUCACUCCCUCGAAAUGUGAGACCCUUGAUGAACUUAUCAAUCUGGCACGAGAUAGAGAAAUUGAAAUCAAGAGACAGGAAGAACGCGGUGAAAAGAGAUCAAGUGAAAAGGGUGCAAGUUCGAGUCCAUCUAAAAAGGGAAAGUUUCAAGAUCAAGGGAGGAAGGAAAAGUCGAAAGGUGGAAUUACUCCUUGCAAGACUUGUGGAAAACUCCAUACUGGAGAGUGUCUGUUAGGCAAAAAGGGGUGCUACAAAUGCGGUAAGGAGGGGCAUUCGUCUUAUCAAUGCCCAAAUAACCCGAAGACAUGUUUCAAUUGUUUUGAAAGGGGGCACGUUAAAUCAGAAUGCCCAAAACUUCAGCAAGAAUCGAAAACGGAAGAUAAGAGGCAAGAGGGUUCUAGGACUAAAGGAAGGAUGUUCCAAAUCACAUCCGAAGAAGCCAAGUCCCAUCCGAAUGUGGUCUCAGGUAUCUUUCUAUUAAACUCCAUACCGGUUUAUGUUUUAUUUGAUACCGGAGCCACUAUGUCGCUUAUUUCAAACGAAAUUGUACAACAUCCUUCAUUUAAGGUUGAAUGA